GUUCAUAUCAAAGGAAGCUCUUUUUAACUUCUCUUGGCAACGAACUCAUCCACGUGUCAAAAAACUGAUACCCUUAACCCACGGCGACGAUGUACCGAACGGCGGCGAAGCGUCUUCUCGGCGCUGGUUUAACAACCAGCCGCCUCCUCCGAUCCACCAUCAUCCCUUCUUCUUACACUUCCAAUCUCUGCACUUCAUCGAUGGGUCACACCGAAUCACCGAUUAGUAAUCAAUCGGGUCCCACGGGUACAGGGGAAGGACCUCGUAGGAAACCAAGACCCGAGUUCGAGGAAGAGCAGGCUCGUGUUCUCUCAGCGUCUCUCCGUCACGUGGCGAGGUUAGGUUGGACGGAGGAAGCGAUGAUGGCUGGUUCGAGAGACGUUGGUGUGUCUCCUUCCAUCGUUGGGUCUUUCUCCAGGAAAGAAGCUGCACUUGUCGAGUACUUCAUGGAUGAAUGCCUACAACUGCUUGUUGAUAGAGUAGACUCUGGAUUGGAUUUGCAAAACCUGAUUCCGAGUGAACGUAUCUCCAAGCUCAUCAGAGUUCGGUUAGAGAUGCAGGUGCCUUACAUUUCAAAGUGGCCUCAAGCUCUUAGCAUUCAAGCGCAUCCGGUGAAUGUUCCAACGAGUUUUAAGCAACGGGCAAUGUUGGUUGAUGAGAUGUGGCACGCUGUUGGAGAUGGAGCCUCUGAUUUGGAUUGGUAUGUGAAGCGCACUGUUCUCGGAGGAGUUUACUCAACCACCGAGAUUUACAUGCUUACCGAUGACUCCCCAGAGUAUCGCGAAACAUGGGAGUUCUUGGAUGACAGAGUCAAAGAUGCUUUUGAUCUGAAGAAAAGCAUACAAGAGGCCAAGUAUUUUGCACAAGACAUUGGAGCUGGAGUUGGGAAAUCGUUUCAAGGACUGAUGAAUGGAGUUAUGCAGACCAUGUCCACAAGGGGUGGUCGUAGUAGCUCUUCCUUUUGAAAAGAUCACACACAACUUAAGACAAUGAAUCUGCUUCAUAUACAUUGAGUUAUGCUAUAAUAAAUUAUAUCACUAUGUAUGACUUGAAAUGUAUAAAACUUUUUUUGUUGAAUAAAACCACUGAGAACAUUGAUUUUCUGAA